CAUUGUUGGGGUUUCCUCUCGCUCGACGUUUGUGGAGCCCAUAGAGUAAGGUUAAUACAAAAGCCCACUUGCCACCAACCAACCAGAUGAAUCCGAACAACCUCUUCGCCACGCAUAACAAAUGUUUUAUGACCCCUGCACUGUUGCAACUGUGUUGGCUGCUGUUUCACGAUUUGUUUCCGAUUAUAAACUAGUUGGAGCCGUGGAUUGGUAUAAAAGGCCCGGUGCCCGGUUGACCCAUCAUCACAGCACUAAGAAACUCGGACAGCGAGGGAGCAUUCGGCUAAAGACAGCUAACCAGCAGAGAGACACCCACCCAAGCGACAGCAUGAAGAUAUUUGUGGUGCGUUGGCCCUUGGAUUGGAUUACCUCUAUGCCAAAUGGAUUACAAGGGAUUAUAAUGAUUGCUUAUCUUUCAGACGGUUCUGAUGGGCGCCAUGUGCCUCAGCCUCAGCCAGGCGGACAUCAGCUUGACCCAGGCGGGCUACAACUACCGCAUCCAGCAGCAGCAGCAGCAGCAGCAGCAGCAGCAGCAGCCUCCUAUUGUGGCCCACCUGUUGAACCAGCAGCUGCAGCAGCAGCUCCAGCCCCAGCAAUCCUCGCAUCCGGUGCUGCCCCCUCUCCCACUGCCCUACCUCCCGCCCGCCGGCCAGCUCCAUUCUGCCCAGCCUGGCGUUCGUCCCACAUCCGGAUCAUUCCCUAUGCCCGCCGGUUUCCCCGUCAACUUCCAGACCGCGCCCAUCCAGCAGCAGCGCCGCGCUCGUCCGCGUGUGAGGAUUCCCAAGCGGCCCAUCGUGACCAAAAACUUCUUCAUCCACUCGGCGCCCGAGGAGUCCGAGGAUGAGGUCCAGGACGAGCUGAACCAGUUGGCCCAGCAGCCUCGCAACCAUUACAAUGUGCUGUUCGUCAAGACGCCGGCUCAGACCAACCGCGCGGCGGCUCUUAACUUGGCCAAGACCCUCAAGCAAGAGAAGACCGUGGUCUAUGUGCUGGCCAAGAAGACGAGCGCCGCCGAUCUGCAGGAUGCCAUUGCCGAGGCGCCACAGCAGAUCAACAAGCCGGAGGUGUUCUUCAUCAAGUACCGCACUCCCGAGGAGGCCCUCAAUGCCCAGCGGCAGAUUCAGUCGCAGUACGAUACUUUGGGAGGCAGUUCCACCAUCACCGACGAGGGAGUGGCCCCCAUCACCUCGGUGGUUGGCUCCUUGGAUCCCCCAGAGGAGGAGGAGGAGGAGCAGCAGCAGCCGCAGCAGCAGCAGCUUCAUUCAGAGGGACACUUUGUGGAGAACGGUGCUGGAAAUUCUGGCGUUGGUCCCAUCGGUAAUCAUUAUCUGCCCGCGAACCAGUUCUAAGUAUUCUUCAUUGCUCGUCACAUCCAGACCUAGUUAGCUGUC